ACUUGAACGAGUCGGAAACCACGACUCACCCCAACUCGCCCGAGUCACACCGAUUCCGCGAACCUUUAUUUCUCUCACGAUUUGUGGACUUGGGGUCCAUCUUCCCUUUCGCCGCCGGCGAUGUACGAAGCCCAGGUUUCCAUCUCCCUCUUCCUCGUCCUCACCUCCAUCACCGCCGCGCCCGUGGCGGGGGCGGCGGCCACCGCCCUUGGCCUCGACACCUUUCUGACCAGCGAGUACCGCCGCGACCCCUCCGCCUCCGCCGACUCAUUCGCCGCCCUUCCCGCCUCCCUCAAACGCUCGAUCGCCGCCACUCUUCCGCCCUCCGACCAUGCUGCCCUCGUUUCGGAUCUCCUUUCUUACCGGAUCUCCGUCCCUGUCUACGUGAAGCUCGUGGGCAGCUUCUCCUCCGCCGCGCCCGAUCUCCUCCGGUCCUUCGCCGCGGCGGCCGUCGCCUCCGAUCGGUACAACGUUAUCGGUGCCUCCCCGCACCAUCUCGCCGUCGGGCACACCCUUCACCUGGAUCCCUCUCCGUCGACUCUCGGAUCGAAGAUAUCGGACGCGAUCCGGUCUCAGAUCGAAUCCUCCACUUUGCCGCUGUAUCGAUCGGCCUUUCUCUCCGUUCCCUACUCCACGGUCGACCAGAUCAUAGAGCAGGAUUUUCAGAAAGAGAAUUCGAAUUCUGCGCCAGGGUUCUACAUCUAUUUGCUCAAUCUCGGCACUCAAUCCAAACCCUAUGCCUAUUCCGUCGAUUCCAGGGAUUCCUCGAUCGCCUUCACCAAGUGCUUGGGAACUCUGUGGACUGGGAAAGAAAGGUAUGUGUGGAUCGACCUCGCUGCAGGACCAGUAGACUACGGCCCGGCUAUAUCUGGCGAAGGCGUGAUUUCCCGAAGUGAAUUCCAUCCUCUGGCCUCCGGCCAUGGACGGCCGAAGUCCGAAAGGAAUUUCCUUUCAGAUCUCACCUCUCUGGUCCUCAGCGCAUACAAAGCUCUGCUAGUUCCUUCUCUGAGAAUUCCAGUCUUCUACGAGAACUCCCUCGUGAUCCAAUUCAUCCAUGUUCAUGGAGCUGAUCCAGUCAAGGAUGGCCUCGACUGGAGCCUCAUUCAACAGACGCUGAAAGAAAGUGAACUCGCAUACAAGGAACAAUCUUUGGAGUUCAAAUCAUACAGUGUAAGAUUCUCAGAUUGCCCAAUUUGCUCUUUUGCAAUCAGCCGAUCAAUGAGUUCAUACACUUCGCGCUUCCUGUUUGAAAAUUACACCCUAAUUGUGAGCGAGUAUCUGGACUCAAAACGCCUGCAUCAGAUACUUUCAGACUCAGUGGAAGAACUGCACCGUGCUGUGCAAAUCCCAGAGGAAGAUUAUGGCAAGGUCCUUCCAGUAUAUGUUUUCGAUUUGGAUUACGAUAAGCUCCUUUUGCUCGAUCGGUACCACCAGUCAGUUGCAUUUAGAAACAUGGUCAUUGCUGUGAGGACCAAGAGCUCACAAACAGUGAGUGACUACAGCUGCAACGGCCGGCAUGUGAUUACCCAGACGCGUAACCUAGACCGUUCGGUCAUCGGUUCUGUGCUUCAGAGUAUGUGGGGAGUUUCGCCUACCCACCAGUCAUGGAGCUCACAGCACAACACCACCAUGGUCGACUACACUUGGAGUGUUGGCCAAACUCCAUUUGGGCCCUUUUCUGACUCUCUAUCGCUGUCGUUUGCUCAGAGAGACGCAGCGCGGAGAAAUGUUCUUCUCACUGCAUUGAAUUACACGAUCACAAGUGCCAUCGAUGUAUUGCAAUCCAUGGCUGCACAUGGUGGAGAUAGGAAGCUUCUCAAGGAUAAUAAGCAUGUAGCGUUUGUUCAGAGGUGGAAUUUGCUCAAGUACAAGUUGGAAAAGGUUAUUUCUGCUAUCUCCCAGUUUGAUUUCGAGAAAGCCAUGUACUUCGUGCGGUCUUCCGAUCAUGAUCUAUACGCUAUACACACACUAGUUUAUGAGGCAUCACAAAAGCUGGAGGCUUCGCUUGUGUGUUUCAAGGAUCCACCAUUCCCAUGGGUAUCACUCUCUCUGUUUGGUGUGUUCCUUCUCGGUUUCUCCUAUGUUUAUGCGAAGAAGGACAAGGUGUUUAGGAGCAAGAGAAAACAAUUUUGACAAUGGCCUUUGAGUUUUGCAAUAACUAUAACAUCUUCAUUGCAUAUUUAUUCUCUGAGGUUGUUUCUGAAGCCAAUCUCUUGCUUGCUCGCUAUGUUGUAUCUGUUAUGAAUCUCUUUUUGGAUCACCCUUUUUUUGUUUGCGACUGUUGUGCAUGAAUCAAUUUGCAUAAUUGGGAUCUGAACAUGCAAAAGUCUCUGCUGAAUUUGUGUAGGAUAAACACAUAAAUGCAAACUAUGCUUCUCUUCA